CUUUUGCUCACCUGACGCUGAUUUCAGCAGAAGAUGACCAGCUUCCCAGUGCUCCUGUGUGGCUUUCUCUCCGCGGUCAUCAUGGCUACCGCAAGUCCAGCUCCACCAGUGGAGAUUCAGAAUGUGGACCCUAGUGAUCCCGAGGUGCAAGCGUGUGUGAACUUUGCCUUGGAGAACUUCAACUACUUCAGCAAGGACCCAAAUCUCUAUGCCAUCACCAAGUUCUACUCUGUGAAGAGACACGCGAUUGGCGGGGGCCAAUACCACAUGGACGUGGAAGUAAGACGGACAAACGCCAUUAAAGAUCAGGUGAAGUACGAAGGGGACAUUUCCUCUAUAUCUGAGCCUGAGGUGUUCCGGUGCCAUUUUGUGGUUCUCAGCGCUCCUUGGAAGAAGCAAAGGGUUCUGCUGCAGAGCUCCUGCAGUCCCCUGACCAGCAGUGGGCUUGGCAUGCUGUGAUGCAGAAGGCAGUGCGCGGCAGAAUCGUGUCUCCUGUCUGCUUCCAAACCCCCGCAGUUCAAGAUCUUCAUCAUGUAAUCGUCAUGGAGCUGUGUGAUUUGCAUGGGAGAGAAGUGGCGCGAGGUCUUUUCUGGCUUUUCUGUUAGCACAUUAAAUGACGUUACCCUCCAGCACACUGGUGGUUCCCUUUGUUUAGUGGGA